UGCUCUUCUUCUUGAGGAUUCCUUCUAACAAUGAGGAAGAAAGAAGAUUCAGAGAGCGAAUCGCUGCUCAUUAGUAAAGAUGGGACCACUGGCGGCUCCUACACUGAGGAAGGGGGCCCAGGAGACGGCCCUUCUGUUGAUCUUAGGGAGAUGGAUUAUGUCGAUGCAGACGUAUCAGUGCUGUCGCAGUUCCACGAAGAUGCCUUAGCCCAGGCAGGUUUCGGCCUUUUCCAGUACUUCCUCUUCAUUGUUUUGGGACUAGGAUUAGCUGCUGAUGCGAUAGAAAUCUUCGUAGUUGCCUAUGUGUUGCCAAGUGCUGAAAGGGAACUUUGCAUGGAUGACUACAGAAAAGGAUGGCUGGCUGCUAUCUCCUUCUUUGGUAUGAUGAUCGGUGGCUUGGUAUGGGGAACGUUAGGAGACAAACUCGGACGUAGAAGGACGCUAGUAUCUGCAUUAACAACCAACGCCUUUUUCGCUGUGGCUACCGCAUUUAUGCCCUCAUAUGGACUUUUUAUGAUGACAAGGCUCUGCAGUGGAAUAGGUAUAGGAGGAUCUCUGCCAAUUGUCUUCACCUACUAUAGCGAAUUUCUAAUCAAAAGACACAGAGGAAGGCACCUGAGCUGGCUUCUCACCUUUUGGGGAAUAGGUGGUGUCUACGCGGCUCUUAUGGCAUGGCUGAUGAUCACUGAACCAGAAGGUGAAGGCAUCGGAGCACGUCUUAGUAGUUGGCGUGUUUUCUUAGUCGUCUGUGCCACACCUGCCCUUUUGACCGUCUUCGGCCUGUUCUUCCUACCAGAAAGCCCGAGAUAUCUGCUGGAAUGUGGACGAGAUGUUGAAGCAAUGUAUGUGUAUCAGAAGGUGUUUCGUAUCAAUCAUAAACAGUCUGACGAAUAUCAGCUCAGCGAAAUGGAGCUUCCUUCUAGAAGAUCUCCGAGUUCUGGUUUAUCUGGUCCUAGUGGAUGUCUGAGCGACUUCUUUGAAGCUUUCGAAACGUUUUGGGGAUCGUUCAUGCAAAUCCUGUGGCCACCAUACACAAAAGUAACUAUGAUUCUUUUCAUAGUAUGGAUCACGACAGCUUUUGGUUUCUACGGCAUGUCCAUCUGGUUUCCAGAAUAUAUCCGAAAAAUACAAGAAGAGAAGUACGAUGAAACAGCUGUUAUUUACGUAAACAGAACACUGAAUUCUGGAAAUUUUUCGGGAAUGUUAGCCAACCACCAUUUUGAAAAUGUGCAAUUCCUGAAUUUUAAGUUCGAAGAUGUGAUUCUGAACCAUUGCUUAUUCACCGACUGCUUCUUUGAGAAUAAUACUUUCAGAAAUAUCCGCUCCUCUAGAACCUUCUUCCUGCAUUCCAAGUUUGUGAAAAUUAUGUUCGAGCGUACCGAUCUGUACGACUACAGGUUUGUCGACUGCACAUUUCGUAACUCUACUUUUCGUAAUACUGCAGAAGGCUGUGGACUUGAUUUUGAUAUGAAUUACAACUUAACGGACAUUUUCACUGAAAAUCUGAUCGCUCAGUUUGCUAUCAUACCCGGAAAUGUGCUGUCUUCUUUCAUUCUGGAUAAAUUUGGAAGAGUCAAAACCAUGGCGACGUCUCUUUUCCUAACCAGUGCGAGCGCAUUUAUAAUAUGGUUCUUGGACACACGGGCGACGAUCAUUGCUUUCGAAGCCAUCUUCAAUUUCAUAUCCAUAUCCGGAUGGAACGCUGUUGACGUCAUAACGACUGAGUCCUAUCCUGCAUCUCUUAGGAGUACAGGCUAUGGUUUUCUGAGUGCCAUCAGCAGACUUGCCGCCAUCUUGGGCAACUUCACCUUUGCCCAUUAUAUCAGCAUAAGCAAAGCUUUGCCGAUAUUGACCACAGCUGCCGUCUUGUUGGUGGGAGCAAUUUGUUCUCUAAAGCUCCCAGAAACCAAAGAUAUACUUAUGUAAGGCUAACAGAAGCAAGGAUAUAAAAAUAAUUAUUAUCUAGGCUACGUGCCAGCAUAAAGGAUGACGGAACAAACGUAUUCAUGAUUUGUUUUUCGAAUUUACUGUUUCGAUUGGAAAUGCAUAGCUGAGCCGAUAAUUUGAAAUUUAUACGGCAGUAAACACUUAAUGUGUUUUAUAGUUGACAACAUUAAUUGAAGACAUUAAUUGACAACAUUAAUUCAUUAGUGAAUUUAAUAGAUUCACUGAGAAGUUUAUGUGCUUCCUUCUUAAAGAGAGUUUUGUGAAUCGAACUAUUUCUGAAUCAUAAAAUUUUUUGGUAUUUUUCCGUUUUGCCGGCGCAAACGAUAAAGUCGCCAAUAAUGGUUUAACUGACGCCAGAC